CGGCUUUGUAUUUACGAAUUUCUGGAGCUCAGGGUAGUUUAGGAGAGGCGGUGUUCCAAGUGGAGUUGUUGGAUUUGGCAAAUAAAAAUGCAGGGAGUCUAGUUAAACUUGAAUUUUAACUAGAUAAGUACUUUUUUAGUAUAGUUAUAGCCUAAAUAUUGUACGGAACAUAUUUAGUUUUUAACAAUUUCUAAUUUAUUUGAAAUUGAAGUUUGAUUGGACGUUCUGUAUUUUAUCUGGCCGCCUUAGUCUUGGGCGCCCCCUGCCUUGGGUUCUGCUAUCCAUUGGCAANGGGGGGGGGGGGGAACAGGUACAAAUUUCGUCCAGACCGUCAAAAUCAGCUAUUGCUACGUGGUAAGCCACUUUUAUAGCCAGUGCUCUUUGGCCAGCCCCAGCAAUAGCUGGGGCCCGUUUUGAAUCCCCAUGGUAGCUCCCUCUGUGUUUUCCCGUUCACAGCUGGAGUCAGGAACGGUUUGUCUUCUUUUAAUGGGAAAGUUGAGCUCCAUGCAGGCUAAGUGAUCCCAGGCUGGACGUUGCCAGGAGACCCAGUGAGAGAAAUGGAGCUGUCCCUGUGGUAGAGCUGGAGCCUGAUUCUCUGCUGUGUCCACACUUGCUGCUGCAGUCUGCAGCCAUGGACGCCAAGUGGUGCUGAGAGCAGUGGGGCAUGGCUGCAGCCCUGCAGGUCCUGCGUCAUUUGGCCAGAGCCCCCUUGGGCCCACUCCUCUGGGGGGGCCCGUUGGCCCGCCUGGCCAGUAGCAUGGCUCUGGCAGAGCAGGCACGGCAGCUGUUUGAGAGCACUGUGGGUGCAGUGCUGCCCGGCCCCAUGCUGCAGCGGGUCCUGUCCUUGGACCCCGACAGCGGAGAGCUGAAGGUACGGGACCGGAGCUUUCAGCUGCGGCAGAACGUCUACCUGGUGGGCUUUGGCAAGGCUGUGCUGGGCAUGGCAACUGCAGCCGAGGAGCUCCUGGGCCAGCAUCUUGUGCAGGGCGUGAUCAGCGUUCCCAAGGGGAUCCGUGCAGCCAUGGAGCAUGCUGGCAAGCAGGAGAUGCUGCUGAAGCCACACAGCUGCAUCCAGGUAUUUGAGGGUGCGGAGGACAACCUGCCGGACCGGGACGCUCUGCGGGCUGCUCUGGCCAUCAGGCAGCUGGCCGAAGGCCUCACCGCUGAUGACCUGCUGCUCGUGCUCAUCUCAGGGGGUGGCUCAGCCCUCCUGCCCGCCCCCAUCCCACCUGUCACUCUGGAGGAGAAGCAGACACUAACCAAGCUGCUGGCGGCCCGGGGAGCCACAAUCCAGGAGCUGAACACCAUCCGGAAGGCCCUGUCCCAGCUCAAGGGUGGGGGACUGGCUCAGGCCGCCUACCCUGCUCAGGUGGUGAGCCUCAUUCUGUCAGAUGUGGUGGGGGACCCCGUGGAGGUGAUUGCCAGUGGCCCCACUGUGGCCAGCAUCCACAGCGUGCAAGACUGCCUGCACAUCCUCAAUCGCUAUGGCCUUCGUGCUGCCCUGCCACGCUCUGUGAAGACUGUGCUGGCCCGAGCCGACUCUGACCCUCACGGGCCACACACCUGUGGUCACGUCCUCAAUGUGAUCCUUGGCUCCAACGCACUGGCACUGGCCGAGGCUCAGAAGCAGGCUGAGGUGCUGGGAUACAGGGCUGUGGUGCUGAGCACAGCCAUACAGGGUGAUGUGAAAAGUGUGGCCCAGUUCUACGGGCUGCUGGCCCGAGUUGCUGGAGCCCGCCUUGCUCUGCCUGGCACUGGAGCGUCUGUGGAGGAGGAUGACCGACUCUGUGAACUUGCUGCUGACCUCCAGCUCCCAGAUCUGCAGCUGAAAGAGGCUCUGGAGGCUGUGGUGGGCGCUCAGGGCCCAGUCUGCCUGCUGGCUGGUGGCGAGCCCACGGUGCAGUUGCAGGGCUCAGGCAAGGGUGGCCGCAACCAGGAGCUGGCCCUGCGUGUUGGAGCGGAGCUGGGACAAUGGCCACUGCAGACUGUGGAUGUGCUGUUUUUGAGCGGCGGCACUGAUGGGCAGGAUGGGCCCACGGAGGCAGCCGGGGCCUGGGUCAGGCCUGAGCUCACCAGCCAGGCCGCCGCCGAGGGUCUGGACGUGGCCACCUUCCUAGCCCACAAUGACUCACAUACCUUCUUCUGUCGCUUCCAGGGUGGGGCACACCUGCUGCACACGGGGCUGACCGGCACCAACGUCAUGGACGCCCACUUCCUGUUCCUGCAGCCGCAGUGAUGCUGUAGGUGUAGGUCAUGUUUUGGGGAACCUAGAAGAGGCCUGCAGGGCAGCGUCCUGGAACAGACCAGGUUUGGUCCCCAGGGCCUGACCAGGCUUUAGGGCCCCGUCUCCCUUGGCUGUGGCCACUUGGUUGGCCCUUACACCUCCCAGCCAGGGCUCCCUCUGUGUCCAGUUUCACACUGGCCAGGCAGAUGGGGGCUCUCUUCCACCCCUACUUUCAGCCAUGGGUACCCCAGAG